AACCUUCAACCCAGAGCCCUUUGGGCUUUUCUUCAUUCUCAUCCGGAGAGAAGUGGAGUGGCAUGGAGGACCCCAAAAGCCUCGUGAAGGUGGUCAAACCUUCCCGCUCGAGCGGGGGCAAGGCGUCGUCCUCCAAACCCCAGCGGGAGAGCGCCAAAGUCCCGAGCCAAAGCAAGGACGCCGUCCCCAAGGUGAAAGAGGAGAUCCAAGGUGGUCCCAGCACUGGCAGGACCUGCACCGGCAGCCCCCAGGAGCCAGGGAAGGGCAAAGCCCGCCGGCUGACAGGCAGAACUAACUCUGGCGAGAGGGGGAAAGGGAAGCCCCAGCCCAGUGAGGGCCGUCAGCAAAGCCAGGAGAACAAAACUCCGGUCCGAAACAGUGGACCGGUCAAGGAUGGAGGAGCAGCACGGCUGGAGAUCUCAACACACGACAACACCAUCACCACCGCUAAAGACAGCAUAACCGGUGUGGAGGCGGGCAGACAGAGAGCCGAGGUCGUGGAGGUUGGAAACCUGACCCCUGACCAGCAGCUGGGACUCAAACAGGCGGAGGAGAGACUGCAGAGGGACUACAUCCACCGGCUGCUCAAGCCGUCGCCGGAGUACCCCAAUUUCCAGUAUCUAUGCAAACUGUGUUCAGUCCACGUGGAGAACAUCCAGGGUGCUCACAAGCACAUUAAAGAGAAACGUCACAAGAAGAACAUCAUGGAGAAGCAGGAGGAGAAUGAGCUGCGAGCGCUGCCGGCUCCCUCUCCGGCCCAGUUGAGGGCACUAGACUCGGUCGUGCUGGAGGCGGCAGAGACGCACGGCGUCUCGGAGGAAGACUUCGCGCUGAGGCAAGCCGUGGUGCUCCGGAUGGAGGGGAUUAUAUGCAAACAACUCACAGCGUGUUCUCUCCGUCUGUACGGCUCAUGUCUCACCCGCUUCGCCUUCAAAACGAGUGACGUCAACAUCGACGUCUCUUAUCCUUCCACUAUGACUCAGCCUGAUGUGCUGAUCCAGGUGCUGGAGAUCCUCAAGAACAGCGUGGAGUUUGCGGAGGUGGAGUCAGAUUUUCAUGCCAAAGUCCCUGUUGUUUUCUGCAGAGAUGUGGCCAGUGGGUUAAUGUGCAAAGUGAGCGCAGGAAAUGAUGUCGCGUGCCUCACCACCAAUCACCUUGCAGCUCUGGCCAGACUGGAGCCGAGGCUCGUGCCUCUGGUUCUGGCCUUCCGUCACUGGGCCAACCUGUGCCACAUCGACUGUCAGGCGGAGGGAGGAAUCCCGUCCUACUCGCUGUCUCUGAUGGUCAUAUUCUUCCUGCAACAGAGAGCCAAGCCCAUCCUGCCCGUUUAUCUAGGACGCUGGAUCAAGGGCUUCGACGUGAAGCGUGUGGAUGAGUUUCACCUGACGGGGUUGGAGUUGGACUCGUUCGUGGGUUGGGAGUACAGACCCGCUCCUGCAGGCGAGGGCCGCGGGGACGGCAAAGCCAAACACGAACCCAAAACCCAGACUGAGAAGAAAGAGAAGAAGGGUGGAUAUGCUAAGGGCAAGACUCGUCUGACGCUGAAGCAGCCGGUGAGCAUGUCUCUGGGUCAGCUGUGGCUGGAGCUCCUGCGCUUUUACACGCUGGAGUUUGCGCUGGAGGAGCAUAUCAUCAGCAUCCGUCUGAAAGAGCUGCUGCCGCGGGAGCUGAAGAACUGGCCUCGCCGCAGACUCGCCAUCGAAGAUCCAUUUGCGUUGAAGAGGAACGUGGCUCGCAGUCUGAACAGUCAGAUGGUUUUUGAGUACAUCCAGGAACGUUUCCGCACGGCCUACAAGUAUUUCGCCUGUCCUCAGAGCAGAAACGGAGCGAACGCCAGCCGCGGCUUACUGAGGCAGAAACCCAGACGCUCUCGCACGGCCCGAUCCCGUAGCCUGGACCGAAAGAACCGUGCGGAGGCGGAGAAGAGCGGCGAGGAGGACGCAGACAGCAGUGAUGAUGAGGACGAGAGGGAUAUGGAGGAAGAGGAGAGCCUGAGAGCGGGGUUCACAGAGCUCCUGGUGAGCGACGCUGGGAUGGACACCAGAUCUGAGUCUGUUUCACAGGAACCCUCCACAGCGGAGUCUCCUUCUGCCCUGAACGGCCUGCUGAUGGAUAGCGAGGAGGAUGAGGAGGAGGAUAAAGAUCAAGAGAUGGAGAAACAGGACAGUAUUGCUCCAGAAGACAUGCACUACAUCUUUGACAGGAUGAUCUUCACUGGAGGAAAGCCGCCAACAGUCGUGUGCAGCAUCUGCAAGCGAGACGGCCACCUUAAAGACGAAUGUCCUGAAGACUUCAAGAAGAUUGAGCUAAAACCCCUGCCGCCCAUGACCGAGCGCUUCAGAGAAAUCCUGGACGGACUCUGCAUGCUGUGCUACCGUGAGUUGUCACCGUCUCUCAUCGAGCAGCAGAAGAGGGAGCAGAUUCUGGGCAGUCUGGAGCGCUUCAUCAGAAAAGAGUACAACGGUGUGGAAACACAUUCAUACAUGUACAGCAGUGUUAACACAAAAAACUUGCAGUAG